AUGGCGGAAUUGGGACACAUGUUGGACAAUGCCAUCGACGAUCAGUCAAUGAUGCCAGGGAUCGUCUCCGCAGAACUAAGUGAUGAAGCUACGUCUGGACCCUAUCCACCCAAAAGGUCUGAAAUGAGCCAAAUGCUUCGCAACCAGUCACAUUCCCGCAGUCACAAGUCUAGACGAAGCACAGAAAGCGCAGUGCCACGCAGCAGUGAAGAUUCUGCGAGAGUUAACUACGCCGAGCUGCCGCUGCCGCUGCCACAGCUGAUAUCCAAACCAACAACCCACGAGAAUGCGCCGGGUGACAAGCAAGACGCGAACGUCUUGUCGACCGAAGUACGCCCGAAGCUUUCACAUGAAAGUCAAUCUUCUCGCAAUCUUCUCGAGUUCCGUCAACAUCCUUCCAUCCACCCAGAUCAAAAGCUCAGCCCAGUGAAGCAGAGAGCAGCCAUGUUCGAGAGUCUGGUUGUCAAACCAUCUCAACACCAGCAGGAAUGUCAGCAUUUUCCACCAGAGAGGGACGACGCCCAAGGUGAGAGUCUCAGUCGCAAAGACACGAAAAAGGUGGCAAGGAUCAAAUUUGGAGACACCAUUGAAGAGAGACCAGCCACGCCCCUGAUUCCGUUGACUCUGCCAACAAUGGUCAGUACCCAACAGACAUCAAGCGGCAGCUCGUCAGUGAUGACAACGGAGCCACCACCUUCGGAACAUACAGUAUCCGAGGAUGACAAAUUAACAGAGAAUGCUGAACACAACCGGAAGCCGUCCAUGACUUGGCCGUUCAAGUGGAGUAUCUUCAACAAGGCUCCCACGGUGCGGCUUCAGGAUUCAGAGCCUGCUCCGGUUGAAGAUGCAGUAAAGGACGAGCAACACACAGGCGUCAAGCCGAGUACCGUGAAAAGCAUAGUUCAAGACUUACUCCAGGCUGCGAAUCAAAAGGACAAUGCUGAGAAGCACAGAAGGCAUUCGGAAAUGGAGCGUCUCAGUCGUCGUCAAAGCCGGCCUCCUCCGCUUGUCAAAGAGAGUGAAUUGAGCGAAGACAAGGUGGAUCUUGAAGACUUGAAGCCUGCCAACGUGCCGCCUCUUCAACUCCCAAUUCAAGAGGAAACAGAAGGACUGGGCCCCGUGACAAAGACAAAGGACACUUUUGCAGAGCCAAGAACUCCGCUUCAGCGUGCUAUGACGGAAAAACAGGUGCUGUCACCUCCUGACAGGUUGGAGACGUUGAACGAGUCGAGCUCCAGUCCUCGGAAAGCUGACCCUAGCACGCCGGUCAGGGGAAGAUCGCGCAAGUCGACUCAUCGACUUUCUGUGGGUGAACAUCGUGGAGUCGAACAGCGAUUCAAUCUUAGUCAGGGAUCGAGUCGGAGUAGGUCAAGAAGUGGAAGAGCAGGGGUCAAGGUGGAAGUGGAAGUACGAGAUAGCCCGGAGAGGGAGGCUAGGAGUAAGGGGGAGAAGAUUGUCAUCAUCCGAGCCAAUGUCGAAGCCGUCGAAAGUGAUGGGUGA